GCGAGAACACGAGCGAGAGCCCUUGAGCGCUGGACGCGUUUUUGCGAUGGCUUCUGCCGUCUCCAGCAAAAUUCAUGCGCCCGGGACUUGCCCGUGCUCCAAAGCUGAUGCCCACGGUGGCUCCUGCUGGAGAAUGGAUUGCGACCCCGAGAUGCACGUGAAAAUGUGCAAGAAGAUAGCCCAGCUCACCAAGGUGAUUUAUGCCCUGAACACCCGCCAGGAUGAGGCGGAGGCCAGCAUGGAGGCGCUGCGCGAAGCCCACCAGGAGGAGCUGCGGAGCGCGGUGGCCCAGGCCGAGGCCAGGCUCCUGCAGGAGCAGGGCCGCGCCGAGGAGGAGGCCCUGCUGCAGCGCAUCCAGGCCCUGGAGGGCGCCCUGGAGCUGCAGAAGAGGCUGACGCAGGAGGCGCUGGCCCAGUCGGCCACCUGCAGGCUGCAGACCAAGGAGCGGGAGCUGAGGGUGGAGGCUGAGCACGCCGAGCGGGUCCUCACCCUCUCCAAGGAGAUGCUGGAGCUCAAGGCUGACUACGAGAAGAGACUGCGGCACCUGAUGAGCCACGAGGCGCCCCAGUGGGGCCGGCUCUCCCAGGAGGGCCCUGACCCCAAGGCAGAACCGAGCUCGGGCCCCGAGAUGCGGGAGGUCCUGCUGGAGGUGGAGCGGCUGCGAGUGGAGAACCAGCAGCUGAGCAAGGACUACGCGCGCAAGGCCGAGGAGCUGCAGGCCACCUACGAGCGGGACAACGAGGCCAUCCGGCAGGCCAUGCAGCAGUCGGUGAGCGAGGCGCUCUGGCAGUGGCAGGAGAAGGAGACCGACCUCCGCAAGAACUUCCAGGUCCAGGAGUCGGCCCUGCAGGCCCAGGUCAGGAAGCUGGAAGGGGAUCUGGAGCACAGAGGCCGCAAGAUAAGCGACCUGAAGAAGUAUGCCCAGAAGCUGAAGGAAAGGAUCCAGGACCUAGACAUGCAGCUCAAGGAGGCUCGACAAGAGAACUCAGAGUUGAAAAGCACUGCAAAAAAACUCGGGGAGAAGCUGGCCGUGGCCAAAGACAGACUAAUUCUGCAGGAGUGUCACAUGACACAGAAAACUGAUGACAUGAAAACAGAGCGAAUUUCAGAGAAGGAAGUCUUAGGGAAAGCAAAGGAUGUGGAAGCCCUCAGUCCCCAUGCUCAGCAAGAUGAGAACCUUCCCAAGGAGUGUCCGUGUACGAAAGGAGGCCCGGAUACACAGACCGAGAAGGAGGCGAGCGUGGAGACGGAGCACAUGAAGCAGCGAUACGAAGAGGACCUUCGUAAAAUCAAACACCAGACAGAGGAGGAGAAGAAACAUCUCAAAGAGCAGCUGGUGAAGCGCCUGGAAGACCUGGUGAGGACACACAACGCGGAGAUCAAGUCGGUGCGCUCGUCGGCGGAGGCCGACCGGAGGCGGCUGCAGGAGGAAAUAGAGGCACAGCUGGAGGAAGUGAAAAAGAAAUCAGAAAAUGAAAUAAAGCAGUUAGAAGAAGAGAAAGCAGCUCUAAAUGUGAAGCUCCAGAAUUCCCUUCUCCAGGUUUUAAGGCUGGAAGAAUUUAUCCAACAGAACAAGGCCUGUCCCCAAAGAGGCGAGGACGGGCCCCCGGAACCAGACUGCCCGCACAGCAGCGUUUUAGAGACCCAGGAUCCAUGCUUGAAGCUGAAUGAGCCUUCUCAGACCCUGCCCAGAGGAGAAGAGCAUCAAGAUAAGUUAGCAGCUAAAGAAGGAGCCAGCGGUGAUGAAGAGGACAGGAUCGAAGUUCCCCUCCAGGAAGGAGGUGAUCUGCAGUCUCCCCUGGGCUCCUUGCUGAAGGAGAAGGCACCCGAAAUCCAGCAUCUGCGGGAGGAGUGGCAGAGCCAGAAGGCCAGGUUGCAAGCCCAGGUGUCGCAGCUGCAGCAGGCCCUGGAGCAGUGCGCCAGCAACUACCAGGAGGAUCUGCAGGAGCUCCGGCGGCUCUCCGACCUCGAGAGGGAGAAGCUGCAGUGCCAGCUCCAGGAGACCAUCCGGCAGAACCAGGCCGGGAAAGCCCAGCUCGAGGCCUCUCACCAGCGAGCCCUCCGCGUGCUGGAGAAAGCCAGAAAGCAAGAGCUCAAGGCCACAGAAGAGCUCUUGAAAAAGGAAUCCAGCCACAGCCUGCAGAUCCAGCACCAGGCUCACCGGCUGGAGCUCCAGGCCUUGCAGGAGAAGGUCCGGCAAGAGCUCCAGGCAGAGCAGGAGAGGACACAGGCUCAGCAGGCUCUGCAGCUAGAGUCCCUUAGGCAGGAGCUGCGGGAGCAGCGGGCCGCCUGCUCUGAGCACCAGAAGGACUUGGAGGCACUGCAGGCUGAGCUGCAGGCCCUGGGCAGUGCUGACAGGAGGCAGGCCAUGGCCCAGUGUGCAGGGGACAGCGAGGACCACACUGACACCACAGAGGACGGGGACGGCCUAGUCCUGGCGGGCUCCCCAAAGGGCGCCACUGAGCAGACUCCAAAUGAGGGGUGCCUCUUCUGGGAGAACUCGCAGCUCAAGGACACGGUGAGGCAGCUGCGGGCAGAGGUGGAACAGCACCAGCAGGAGGCGCUGCAGCUCCGUGACCAGCGCAGGUCACUGGAGGAGGAGCAGCGAGCCCAGCGCGCCCGGGAGGCCGAGGCGCUGCGCCAGGAGCACCGGAAGGAGAUGCAGGCGGUGGUGGCCGACUUCAGCAGCGCCCAAGCCCGCCUCCAGGCCCGGCUGGCUGCCCUGGAGGCCGAGCUGAAAGACUCCGGAGAGAAGCCGGGAAAGGGGGCGUCCAGGCCGGAGGACGUGCAGCUCAUAGGCCGCCUGCAGACCCGCUUGAAGGAGAGGGAGGAGAUCAUCAAGCAGCUCACGGAGGAGAGAAGAUUUCACUACGCAGCGUUCCCCGGCGCUGUGUCCCAUCGGAACCGGUCCUUCUCUUUCAACCCUCACCCCGGGUACUUGACCCCUUCCAUGAAGAAAAAGAAGAUGGAAGAAGUGCCCAGCCGAGUGGUCAGCGUGCCCAACCUCGCCUCCUAUGCAAAGAACUUCCUGAGCGGUGACCUGAGCUCCAGGAUCAACGCCCCGCCAAUCACAAAGUCACCCAGCUUGGACCCGAGCUCCGGGGGUAGCCGGCCUUACAAACCCACCCAGUCUCUAGAUGUGAAAACGGCCACACGAACACAAGAUGGUGAAACCACCCAACCCAAAGAAGCCCAGCAGAAACAGGGCUCUGCCCACCAGGAAUGGUUUACCAAGUAUUUUUCUUUCUAAACCGAUCCUUGGGAUCCAUCACAGAGAGGACAUUUGAAAAACAUUUCUUUUUAAAACAUUGGACUGAGGGAAUGAACUAAAAAAACCAAUCAACCAAAUAACUUGCUUUGUAAUAUGGUUUGCAUCCAGUAGCUCAAACGAAUUUGGGCAUUGACAUUUCAUACCGUUUCAUUGUGGCGCCGGUUCAUGAAAAAAUCUUGACCUUAGGGUAAAAUGAGUCGUGUUAUCAGAAAGCAUCGUAAAUGUUGUUAGUGUUACUGAUGACCUACCCGUUGUAUCUCGUGUCCAUAGACUGCACUCGCCUUGUGGUUUCCGUGGUCUGCUUGUAAAGGGAUUUCAUUUUCCACGAGGAUGUGACUCAAUCCACUUGAAAAGUGUUUCUAUGUAAGUGAUAUCAUUCAAGAUGCACACUAACCUCAGUGAGAAGAGGAAUGAAACCAAGAUCCAAAUAGCCGGGAGAGCCAAUUAAAACACAAAACAAGGAAAUCAAAACGACCAGGACAGGGCAGUUGCCGACCUUGACACUUGGAGUAUUUUGAUUUCCUAAUCCAGGACAUGAAGUAGAUGAUAGAGGGGAUAACACCUACCUCAAAAUGGGGCUUUAUGAGAAUUAAGCAAAAUAAUAUGGGCAAUGAUUCCAGUUACAAAUUGGAAUUAAGCGCUGCCAGGACUUCUCUGUGAAUAACUGAGCCUUGCCCCGCCGUGCAUCUGUUCCAAUGACUGCAGUGUCCACUUGGCCACUUGUGAAGGUUUCUAGAUUAUCUGUUCUUUCAAGUCAAAGAUCUACUGAACCUCUGGUCUUUGGGUUUGGGCCAUCUGCCUCAUGGUGCGCUGCUUCCCCAUUGCAUGGAUGCUUGGUAGAUUAAAGGGAAAGGGCAGUGGCCAUCCUAGGCGUUGACCUCGCUGUCAGGCCACACUGAACUGUCUGACCCUCUGAAGGAGCAAUGCGAUUUGACAAGACUCAAUACAUCUUUUAAUGGGCAAAAUAUGUUCCCAAUCCUCUGGUGCUGGCCCAGCUAGGUGGCCCAUAAACAAUCGUCUAUUCUAUGCACUGUCAAAGCUUUGCUCUUUGAAUAAAACUUUAAACAACUGGGUGAUGAAAAUGGUUGUGACUUGUAUUGAUUUGCCAAAGAAGGGUGAAAUUAGAUGAAGACUGAACUUGGAAAUGGGAAGUUCACAUUGACCUCGAUUGUAUCACCUUCAAAUAAAAAGUGGCUGCUUUCAUACUUAAGUCCUUUAGAGAAAUGCAAUUAUAACUCAGAAUUCAUCAUUUAAAGAUGCACACAGAUAGUUCUUCGUUUGCUGAAACAUUUUCCCGCCACCCUGCAACCCCUGAUGACUAACAAGGUAGGCUUCACUUCACUACACUGCCCCGUAACUCGGUGUAACACCUGCUGCAGGAAUGGAAUUGUAUUCAUUGAGACUCUGCAUCUGUUUUCACUCCUUUCUUGUUUCAGGUGAGUGAAAGAUCUUGUUAAAUUUCUAGAUUCUACCCAAUCGUUACGUAUUUGUUAACUAAACCUUCGCAUGCUCCUAUCAUUUUUUCUUUAGGACAUAUUUCUUGAGCAUUACAGUAAAGCUUCAUAGGACACAUGCUUAAGCUCUUUGUUUGAUAUGACAAAUUACCAUCCAGAAGGUAUUUCUAACAGUUUUCCAGCUAUUUACACCUGGACCAGCAGUGAGAGACAUUCUCUCUGUACCCUAGAUACUAUUAAGAAACUCAACUUGAUAAAACCAUCUUCUUGGUUUCUAUUCCAUCAAUCUCUCAAGAGCAACGUGAUCUAGAGAUGGUGGUGAUGGUUUGGAGGGAACAGCGGAAACGAAGAAAAAUGAACAGCUCCGGACUGAGUUGGGAAGGACAAACAACAGGACUUUAUAAGUCUCUAGGUUAGAUUAUGACAGAAGGAGUAAGAGUUAACACGUCCCUGGAGCAAAACUGGAAAGGAAUAUUGCUGCAAAUUGUUUAAGUGGGGUAGCAAAGAACUCACUGAAUCCAUGGCUGCAGACGGUGCACGUGAGCCUUUAGUAGCUGUUCUGGCAUUGAUACAACUCCCAACACAGCAGCUGGAUUGAGGCUACUUGGUCUAUACUCAAUCUCCAGGCUCCAUCUGGGUUCUGCAGAUUAAAUGGCACUAUGAUAGGGUCUGCCCUCCCCGAAACCUUUAGAUUUCCAAGGGUCACACUAACCUCCACCGUCACCACCAGAUGCAAUACUAUUUUUGAUCUACUAUCUCCUAUUAGCGUCUCAGUAGCCUGCUCUCUCCUUGCAGGAGAUAACCAAAGGUGGCCCAGGCCCUCAUAGUGGCCUUUGCCUAUUAAGCACUGUUAAUUUGUCACCAUCUCUCUACCGGAAGUCAAGACAGCACAGUGACAACCAGCCAACUCUACUGUUCCUAUAGGCAACAUUCCCUUUACCUUCCAGAUGUUUGAGUCCCUGCACUGACAAUGUUCCCUUCCACUGGAACACUUUCCUCAGGCACUGCUGGUGACAUCUUCAGCAACUAGGCCACCCCUUGUGCCGGAGACUAUCUGUACUUCCCACACCACUCAGAAUGGGUCCUUCUUGCCAGCUGGACAGUGAGUGAGCCAGUCACCAAGCCUCAUCCACCUGCCUGCCGUCUCAGACCAAGGCCAUAGCAGCCACGUCAGUCAGGUCCUCCAGAGACAAACCCCAAGACACAAUCAGAGGUGCAAGAAAUGUACUGGGAAUAUCCAUGCCGUUCAGCCAAAGGCCCUCAGAAACACACCUGUAGUUGAAGAACUGCGUUUAUUACUCAUUGCACAGAGGGAAAAUGCUCAUCACGGCAGGGCUUCUCAGAAAGGUGUUAGAACCUACUUGAGAUUUUGGCAUUGGGUGAUUUGAGAGCCUAAGGAAGCAGGGAGUCACUCUAGUUACUGCAAGCUGUAAGUGGGGGCAAUUCUGUGACUGAGUGUCUUAAAUCUUACCUGUAGGGUGAGGGUAAAGCUGUAAGUGCUUAAAAAGUGGUAACUCAUUUUAACUCAGGAGGAUGCUUGGUGUUUGGGUGGCACAGUGACCUUGUUUUCCUGUUUAGACAAAGUUACGACGCCGUUUUGGCACUUUAUCCUGGUCUCCGAGCAGCUUUGUCUGAGGUUGGUGCUCUGAGACUGCUUAUUUCCGACAGGAGAGUAACAUAGCCAAGCAGCACCAGGUCAGCGUCCGGAUGGCAGCGCAACUUUCUCUCCCCGCUUCGCAGGGGAAACACCUGUGAAAGAGAAAUGAGAGGAAGCCGAAGCCAGGAAGAGCCUUGGGACUAGGACGCAGGGCUGACAGUUGUGAAAGGAAGGUUUGGACAAAAGGACAGCCCUCAAGAGUCUUGGCCAGGCUGAUGGGAGCUCCAGAGCACAUUGCCCACCAGGCGAGUCCUGUGUCAGGCAGAAUGGCCUGGUCCAGCACCCAUACUAUGCUUAGUCACAGCAGGAAGCGCAUGGUCUUCAUGGGACCACUGCAACGGGUCCCCGAAGGUGGGAGCCUUGGAAACUGCACUCCCUGCAAUGGCUCCUCUGUGCCUCCAGAGGCCAGGACCACGCGGGAAUGCCAGCAUGUAGGGGGUGGGUAGAAGAGGAAACAGAAAACAGGAGGCAUGUUAAAGAGGAUGAGUUUGAGUAAAGCUGAAGUGUCCAUUCGAUUUGGCCACAGCAAAGUGGCUGGACACUGUCAAAGCACAGUUGUGGACACGUGGGAGGAACAGAUGGCAGCCUGGAGAGGGAGGGAGAGAAGGGGAGGAGCUGGAGACUUGGUGAGGGGCAGGGAAGUGGCACAGCGCUCAAGAGUGGAGGGAACGGUGAGCACGGGUGAUCAAGAGCUCCUGUGAGCAGCGGGAAUGAUCCAGUAGAUGGACGAUGCAGGGGCUAAGGGGUCCCGUCCUAGAGAAGGCAGCUGGCUGGGGGCCAGAGCACCUGGGGAAAGGCUGGUCAUUCACAGGGCCAGCACCUCAGCAGAUGGAACAGGAAGGAAAAAGGUGCCCUGAAGAUGUGGGUGGGUUUAUCACAGGAGUGAGAAGGAACUCCCAGCUGAUGGCUUCUUAUUUUCUCAUCAAAGGAGGGUUUUCUAUGAUCAAUCAGCAAGAUGUCAUUAAAAGGAAAAAGAUAUUUACAAAGACAAGAUUGAAAAAUUAUUUAUUUGCUGGAAACUUGAAUAAAAAAUGGCAAUAACUGAUACAUAUGUUAAUUCCAAAUAUUUUCACUAAGCACCAAGUAGGACAGUUCCUGAACC